CCCGGAAGUGGUGUAAUAGUUACUCGCUCUGUGUUUAGUUUGUGAGUUUGAAAGCGGACUGUGUGUGUUUUCGCACAAAUGGAAAGUUGACCGCUCGGGAAUGGAAGAUGAGUCUUCCGUGAGUGUGAAUGUCACCGCUCAAAAUAUGCCCGGUUAUACUGGACGCGAUGGGGAAUCUGUCCAUGUAUCCAGCGGGACGCGGAGCACUGAUUUCGGCCGGGAUGUCCGCAGCAGCGACGCGAAGGUGCCAUCAUCAUUAUCGUUAUCCUCGAAGGAUGUUUUGGAGUUUCAUAAACACAAACAUGAGCCAGGAGGCAAUAAUAAAGAAAAUAACGAGAGGGAAAACAUAAGAGCCGUUGACAUUUUAAGGAGGAAUUUUGGUUCCACUAUCAGAGAUCCAGAAGAUCCCAAAGACCUGGAGAAAGUAGGAUUUGACAUCAAACUGAACGACUUGGAUCAUGAAAAGGAUGAUGAAAGGAUGCAAUGUAGCACAAAAAGUCUCCAACAAAACAUGGAGAGCAACUCAGGAUUGGGAGAUCCUGAUGGGAAUCAUCAUAUUGAUUAUAAUAUUGAUUUGAAGAGUGGUGAAGAUCCCAGCCAAUCAAAAGAGCAUGUUUACUGCACUGUAUACUGUAUUGCCAAUGAUAAUUAUAGGAUACCUGUUGAGAAAACAACAUCUGAUCAUGAAGCUGCAUCUUUAUCAUCAUCAUCAUCAUCAGAUGUGCUGGUUUUACCUCCCACCGACUUGCCAAAUUCAGAAUUGGACCAUGAUCACUAUCCAGAGCCCUAUACAGUCUCCGACCUGAUGCUGUCUGGAUUAAACAGCUCGUAUAUCACUGGCAACAGUUUAUCUGUUGUGUUAACCUGUCGUAUUUGUCUUGAUGACAAACAAACCGUAUCGCUACACUGUUGCAAAAAUGCAGUUUGUGAAGAAUGUCUGAAAAGAUACAUCAUCUCACAGGUUCACAUGGGUCGGGCACACUUGGUGUGUCCCAUUACAGAGUGCAGUGGUUUCUUGGAGGAAAGUUUGGUGAUUUUGCACCUGUCCAGUGAAGAGCUGGCAAAAUACAAGUACCUCUUAGAGCUGAGCAGACUGGACUCCAGCACAAAACCGUGUCCCCAGUGCAGCCUGUUUACCUCCCUGAAGGGUCAUAGCCAACAGACGUCCACCAAAAGUGAACAUAAGUAUAAGAUUCAGUGCACAAAGUGCCAGAUUGUCUGGUGUUUUAAAUGCCACGCGCCCUGGCACGAAGGCCUGAAGUGUCGAGACUACAAGAAAGGAGACAAGCUGUUGCGUCACUGGGCCAGUGUCAUCGAACACGGCCAGAGGAACGCUCAGAAGUGUCCACGCUGCAAGAUCCACAUUCAGAGAACAGAGGGCUGUGAUCACAUGACCUGCAUGCAGUGCAACACUAACUUCUGUUAUCGUUGCGGGGAGAAGUACAGGCAUCUGCGCUUCUUUGGGGAUCACACCUCCAAUCUGAGCGUGUUUGGAUGCAAGUACCGCUACCUGCCUGAGAAACCCCAUCUGCGCCGGCUGGUCCGAGGCUCUGUUUGUAUGAGUAAAGUGCUGGUGGCUCCAGUGGUCAUUGUCCUCGUGGUAGUUGUUGGAGCUCUUGCUUUGGUCAUAGGCUUGUUUGCUUUGCCUAUCUACUACAUCUGUAAGAGGAGGAGGAAGCGCUCACAGGGGUCGGGCCGCUGGCUGUGCUGAUUCAGCUUGGGUCAUCCUGCUCAGGACCUGGACACACAAGCACCCUAAAAAUAGCCCUGGGUGCCAAGUGACCGAACACAUACAACAAUCACGACGAGCAGUUUUCCUGUUCGCUGCAUCUCGUGAAUAUCCUCAAUUGCACAGUGACCCUUUCCUCCACAUGGUGUUUUUGGCAUCGUGAUCAAAGUCUAAUUGAGGAGAUUCUGUUUUUGGAAUGUUUUAUUUAUAACCCCUCAAACUGAUUUUUAAUUCAGUUCAUUUUUAGGAAUGGAACUAUAGACUGGUAAUAAUUUCCUGCAUGAUGUGUUAUG